AUGAAGCCGUUUUCCAUCAGAAGCCUGAUUCCUCCACCGGCUGCUCGCCGGGUGCGCUUUGCCUUCCAGCGCUGCUACGCCGUGCAGGCACCUGGAGCGCCGACAUUUGAGGUCUUCAACCGCCGCAACAAAGUGCUGCAAAGGGAGCGUGCCGCUGCGAACACCGAGAGGAGCAGGGAGGUCGACUACCUGAGAGAUGAGACGGCAUUCAGACUAUGCGAGCGCCUCCUGGACAUCAAUCGCCGCUUCGACCGCGUGCUUGAUCUGGGCGCAAACGCUUGCAACAUUGGACGGAUACUCACAAAACCGGAUCCUGACAGUACCUCUAUGGCACCCGUUUCCGAGCCGCUUUCCACCCGUGUCGGAGAGGUGGUGGCCGUCGAUUCGUCGCCCACCAUGCUUUACCGCGACGCCGACCAGCCGUUCAAUAACGACAUCAAAAUAACUCGCCAGGUCCUGGCCGACGAGGAGUGUCUGCCUUUCGAGCCCGAAUCCUUCGACGCCGUUCUGAGCAGCCUGUCGAUGCAUUGGAUAAAUGACCUGCCUUCGGUCUUGAGGCAAAUAAACAAUAUCUUGAAGCCUGAUGCUCCAUUUCUAGGCGUAAUGCUUGGUGGGGACAGCCUUUUCGAGCUAAGAACGAGCUUGCAGCUUGCGGAGCUCGACCGACGAGGAGGUGUCAGCACGCGCACGUCUCCACUUGCCGACGUACGAGAUAUUGGAGGCUUGCUCCAGGGUGCAGGCUUCAAGCUUCUCACGGUUGACGUCGACGACAUCAUCGUGGACUACCCCAGUAUCUUCGCGCUCAUGACUGAUCUGCAGGCAAUGGGCGAGAACAAUGCGGUCCUGGGCCGCGAAACGGGUCCAAUCAGGAGGGAUGUGCUGCUUGCUGCAGAGGGCAUCUACAGAGCUCUCCAUGGAAACGAAGAUGAGAAGGGUACUCUGCCAGCGACUUUCAGGCUCAUCUACAUGAUUGGCUGGAAGGAGGGCCCGAACCAGUCGCAGCCUCUUCCUCGGGGAAGCGGUAUGGUCAGUAUCAAGGAUAUCCUUGAAGCCGAUAAGGGAGACAAGAAAUGA